AUGGCGUUAACAGCAGCAGGACGUCUUUCGAUUUUCUCGAUGUUUCGUCUGCACAGGUCGCUGCAGAGAGCGCCACCUCUGACUAGAUGCCUACUAGCGCCCCUAUCGGCGCAGCAGGACGUCGGCUCGCGUCGGUCGGCAGGCGGUGUGAGCACAGUAACGAUGAUCCCGGGAGAUGGCGUCGGCCCCGAGCUCAUGACGUCGGUAAAAACCGUCUUCAAAAACAUCGGCGUGCCAAUUCAGUUCGAGCAAGUCUUCAUCAGCGAGCUGCACAGUAAAGAGAGCGCCACCGUCGCCGAGGUAGUCUCCUCGAUCCAGCGUAAUGGCGUCUGCUUGAAAGGCAUCAUCAGCACGCCACACGGCGUCGGCGGGGAGCUGCAGACGAUCAACAUGAAGUUCCGACGCGCGCUGAAUCUCUUCGCAAACGUCGUUCACGUUCAGAGCAUACCAGGUGUCGCCACGAGACACGAAGCUCUCGAUUUUGUCGUCAUCCGUGAGCAGCUUGAAGGGGAGUACUCGGCGUUGGAGCAUGAGAGCGUGCCGGGGGUCGUAGAGUGCCUAAAGAUCAUCACGCGCGCAAACUCGGAGCGCAUCGCCAAGUUUGCGUUCGAUUACGCAGUGAAGAACGGCAGGUCAAAGGUCACGGCCGUGCACAAGGCAAACAUCAUGAAACUCGGCGACGGCUUGUUCUUGGAAUCGUGCGCUAACGUCGCGCCGUUGUACCCGUCGAUUAAAUUCGAAUCGAUGAUCAUCGAUAAUUGCUGCAUGCAGCUCGUGUCCGAUCCGUAUCAAUUCGACGUGAUGGUGAUGCCGAAUCUAUACGGGAACAUCGUCGAUAACCUGGCUGCGGGACUCGUAGGCGGCGCUGGCAUCGUUCCGGGGGAGAACUACAGUCCGGAGUACGGCAUUUUCGAGCCAGGCGCUCGGCACCCGUUCGCACACGCCGUCGGACGUAACGUCGCCAACCCUACCGCUAUUCUUCUAGCCAGCAGCAAGCUGUUGAGUUACAUGAAGCUUAAUUCGUACGCGGACGCCAUCCGCUCGGCUGUCUUUGAUGUGAUCAAGGCUAAGAAAGUUCGCACGAAGGAUCUUGGCGGUCACGCGACAACGAGCGAGUUCACCAUUGCUGUACUUAAUGCGAUUAAAUUUUAG